CUUUCAUUGGCACUAAAGAAAAGGAUACGUAACGUUACUUCCGGUAGCAGUAAGCUGUGCAGUGAGUCAGGGAACAUCGUCGUUUGACAGUGGUCUUAUUUUGAGAGCUAUUUCAAACGUCUUUUGUUGCAGAAGUGUUAGUGUCGCGUCACUGUCCACAGGAGGAGGGUCUCUCUGGUCUGCGGUCAAGGACGAAAUAAAACCGGUUCUGCUGCAUUGCAAGUUUGACACUUCCGCUUCACGGGAGAUAAACAACGUUCGGCAAGAAAUAGAAGCAUUUCGGCCUGGUCAUCAUCAUGUUGCUGCGUAAAGUUACUCAAAGUCCUGCGAUCUGCAGCUCUGUCCUCCGUCUGCAGCCAGCUAUUACAGGAGCUCAGCGCCAAACUGGGGCUCUUGUGGCAGUGCAGAAUGCUCGUCUUUAUUCAAGCCAAGCUGCAGAGGCUGUUCUGGACAAGAAUGCGGUUAGCGGCAGCGCCACCAUGACAGCUGAGAAGGUUGAUAAGACGGCCCUUAAUGUGGAGUCAAAAUCUUUUGCUGUGAACAUGUUUAAAGGGCAAAUCAGUACUUCUCAGGUGUUCCCCUUCCCCUCAGUGCUCAAUGAAGAGCAGUCACAGUUCCUCAAGGAGUUGGUUGGGCCGUGCAGUAAGUUUUUUGAAGAGGUGAAUGACCCCAUGAAGAACGAUGCACUGGAGAAGGUGGAGGAACACACAAUGGAAGGCCUGAAGGAGAUGGGAGCUUUUGGUCUUCAGGUGCCUGCAGAUCUUGGUGGCGUUGGCCUUACCAACACACAGUACGCCAGGCUGGUGGAGAUUGUUGGGAUGCAUGAUCUGGGUGUGGGCAUCACUCUUGGAGCCCAUCAGUCCAUUGGCUUCAAGGGCAUCCUGCUUUUUGGUAACCCCCAGCAGAAAGAGAAGUACCUUCCAAAGCUGGCCACUGGAGAGAACAUUGCUGCCUUCUGUCUUACUGAACCAGCGAGCGGUUCUGAUGCAGCCUCCAUUAAAACCAAUGCAGUUCGCUCCCCCUGCGGCCAGUACUACACCCUGAAUGGAAGCAAGAUCUGGAUCAGUAAUGGAGGUAUUGCUGAGAUCUUCACCGUGUUUGCAAAGACUCCUGUAAAGGAUGAGAAGACUGGAGAGAUGAAGGACAAAAUCACAGCGUUUAUUGUGGAGAGGAGCUUUGGAGGAGUCACACAUGGUCCUCCUGAGAAAAAGAUGGGUAUCAAAGCAUCUAACACGGCAGAGGUGUAUUUUGAGAACGUGCGUGUCCCUGCGGAUUGUGUACUUGGAGAGGUUGGAGGUGGAUUCAAAGUGGCCAUGAACAUCCUCAACAACGGCCGCUUCGGGAUGGCUGCCGCCCUCUCUGGUACGAUGAAGGGUGUCAUUGCCAAAGCGGUCGACCAUGCUGCUAACCGGACCCAAUUUGGCAACAAGAUCCACAACUAUGGUGCCAUUCAGGAAAAAAUGGCCAGAAUGGCCAUGCUUCAGUAUGUGACAGAGUCUAUGGCUUACAUGGUUAGUGGGAACAUGGACAGCGGAGCCACAGAGUUCCAGAUUGAGGCAGCCAUUAGUAAAAUCUUUGCCUCCGAAGCAGCUUGGUUGGUGACAGACGAAUGCAUUCAGAUUAUGGGUGGAAUGGGAUUCAUGAAGGAUGCUGGUGUGGAAAGGAUAUUGAGGGACUUGCGAAUUUUCAGAAUCUUUGAGGGUACCAAUGACAUCCUGCGACUGUUCGUAGCGCUCAACGGCUUCCAGAAUGCAGGCAAUCAGCUGAAGAGCUUGCAGAAAGCUCUAAAAAACCCUUUUGGUAAUGCUGGAAUGUUGGCGGGUGAAAUCACAAAGAGAGCCAAGAGGAAGGCAGGCAUGGGGACAGGACUGACCCUGCAGGGAAUGGUCCAUCCAGAGCUUAACCACAGUGGAGAAUUGACUGUUAAAGCCAUUGAGCAGUUUGGAGCUGUUAUUGAAGAGCUUCUUCUGAAACAUGGAAAGAGAAUCAUUGAUGAACAAUUUGUUCUGAAGCGAGUUGCAGACUGUGCCAUUGAUCUGUACGCCAUGGUUGUGGUCUUGUCCAGAGCCUCCAGGUCUCUCAGCCAAGGUCACCCUUCUGCCCAGCAUGAGAAGAUGUUGUGUGAAACCUGGUGUACUGAGGCCCAUGAGAGAGUCAUGCAGGACAUCAAGUUCCUCAGGUCAGGGACGUCCAAGCAGAUCUUCAAGAACCUACGUGCCAUUUCUGCUGCUGUGGUAGAAAACGGAGGGGUGGUAUCUCCUCAUCCACUGGGCUUUUAAAGCUCUGGCUCCCAUCAGCCAAUCAUGUCCUCUCUAAUCAGUCUGUCACAUGCACAUAUUUCUUUACCCAGACUGUGUGCUGCAAUCGUUGACGAGUGGAAUCUGUCACAUUGUGUUCUUCGACCACAGGAGUGCUUUAAUAUUCCAUAUCAAAAUAUGUAAAUGAAUGAAUAGGACGUGUAGAAUAUAUAUGAAUAGGUGUACAUCUGAAGAUUGGAUUUGUGUUAGUUUAUAAGUUUAGUUUUUAUAUGUAUAUGCUUAAAUAAUAAAAAAGUGUAACAUUGA